AUGCCUUCCAGCCAUAUCAAUGUGCUUAUCACAGGCUUCGGCGGCCUUGGCCUGCCAAAGACCUUAUGCCUGCCUCUGCCACCAUCGACAUCCACCCAGGACUUGUGGAACGAGUUAGAAGGUCGGAUCCCCCGGCAUCUGAACGACGAAACCUUUGGCUCCCUGGUGCUCACCACAAACGCGAAUGUCGGCAUUCCUCAACAUGCAGACCUCCCCAUCUCCUCUCUCGCCACACCAGAAGAUGACCUCCUUCCCCUCCGUCUCUCGCAUCCCAUCCUCGGCGGCAAGGGCGGCUUUGGCUCGCAACUACGUGCUGCCGGUGGACGUAUGUCUUCCAAGCGCAAGAAGAACAGGGGCGACGAGAACGGUUCGAGCAGGAACCUCGACGGCCGGAGGCUGCGCACGGUGACGGAGGCAAAGGCGCUGGCUGAGUUCCUCGCCAUCAAGCCUGAGAUGGAACAGAAGGAAAAGGACAAGAGGAGAGAGCGGUGGACGGCCAUUGUCGAGGCUGCUGAGCGGCGGGAGGAAGAGAUCAAGAACGGAAACAAGGGCAGGUUGGACGGCAAGUGGGUGGAGGACAAGGAGGAGGCUGGUGAGCGGACACGAGAUGCCGUUCUUGCUGCCAUGAAGUCCGGAAGCUACAAAGACAAUCUCCUCGGAACGUCAGAAGGAUCCUCGUCGGCCUCGGCCGAUGCGAUGGAGGAAGACUCAGACCCUGAAGAGGCGGAAGCAGGCGAGGGAAGCUCCGGGGCAACGACACCGGUUUCAGAGAAGGGCAAAGGGAAGGAGACUGCGACAUCGAAAGGCAACGUCAAGCCCAGAUCAUUCUUUGGUUUCGAGGAAGACGACGAGUUCAUGAGCUCCGAUGAGGAGGGCGAGGGCGCAAGUGGAAAGAAAUAG